GAGAACCUUCGAGCACCACCAGCCCACCAGCGUUCAACACCCUGCGCCGCAUCAUCAAGGAGAAGGACGAGCUUUCCGCCGCCGUUACGGGGGCCUCCGCAGCCCCCCCCACCACCACCAUGAGACCCCCCCCAUUCACGGAGCCGCCCCCACCCCCACUGAGGACCCCCUCAGGGCCCACGUUCCCCCACCUGAGGAUGAGACCCCCCCCCGCCCGCCGCCGCGCCCCCCCACCGCCACCAUUGCCACCCCCUGCCCCACCACUGCCAGGGAAGUGCCCCCCUGCUGCCCCCCCCCUGCCGGGAGCUUCGCCAUCCAUCGCCCUCACAGUGGGGCUGUCAGCCAUCCGGAUCAAGAAACCCAUCAAGACCAAAUUCCGGCUCCCUGUCUUCAACUGGACGGCCCUAAAACCCAACCAGAUCAAUGGCACCGUGUUCAGUGAGCUGGAUGAUGAGCGGGUGCUGCAGGACCUGGACCUGGAUCGCUUUGAGGAGCUGUUUAAGACCAAAGCUCAGGGCCCGGCCCUGGAUUUACUGUGCCCUAAAAGCAAAGGGACACAACGAGCCGCCCCCAAAGUGACGCUGCUGGAAGCCAACCGUGCCAAGAACUUGGCCAUCACCCUGAGAAAGGCCGGACGCUGCCCCGAGGAGAUCUGCAGGGCCAUCCACACCCUGGACCUGGCUGUGCUGCCCGUGGACUUUGUGGAGUGUUUGAUGCGCUUCGUGCCCACGGAGGCGGAGCUGAAGCUGCUGCGCUGCUACGAGCGGGAGCGUCGAGCGCCGGAGGAGCUGUCGGCGGAGGAUCAGUUCAUGCUGCAGUUCAGCAAAGUGGAGCGGCUGCCGCAGCGCAUGGCGGCCAUGGCCUUCAUGGGCAACUUCGGGGACAGCAUCGCCAUGCUCACACCGGUACGGCGGGGUGCAGGGCAGGGGGUGCAGCAAGGCCUGAGGGGUGCUGCAAUGCAACCGGUGUGCUGCAAUGCAGUGAGACCUGUGGUGUGCUGCAAUGCAACCAGUGUGCUGCAAUGCAACCGGUGUGCUGCAAUGCAACCGGUGUGCUGCAAUGCAGUGAGACCUGUGGUGUGCUGCAAUGCAACCGGUGUGCUGCAAUGCAACCGGUGUGCUGCAAUGCAAUGAGAGCUGCGGUGUGCUGCAAUGCAACCGGUGUGCUGCAAUGCAACAAGGCCUGCGGUGUGCUGCAAUGCAAUGAGAGCUGCGGUGUGCUGCAAUGCAACCAGUGUGCUGCAAUACAAUGAGAUCUGUGGUGUGCUGCAAUGCAACCGGUGUGCUGCAAUGCAAUGAGACCUGUGGUGUGCUGCAAUGCAACCGGUGUGCUGCAAUGCAACCAGUGUGCUGCAAUGCAACCAGUGUGCUGCAAUGCAAUGAGAGCUGCAGUGUCCUGCAAUGCAACCAGACCUGCACUGUGCUGCAAUGUAAUGAGACCUGUGGGGUGCUGCAAUGCAAUGAGAGCUGCAGUGUGCUGCAAUGUAAUGAGACCUGCGGGGUGCUGCAAUGCAACAAGGCCUGCACUGUGCUGCACUGUGCUCUGCUUUGCUUUGCUGUGCCCUACUCUGCUCUGCUCUGCUCCACAAUGCUCUGCAGCCUCCUCCCCUUGCAUUGCCUUGCAUCCCCUUGCAUUGCCUUGCAUCCCCUGCAUUGCUUUCCAUCCCCUUGCAUUCCUUUGCACGCUUCCUGAUCACACCUUGCUCUGCACCCUGUUGCACGCUUUGCUUUUCAAGCUCUUUGUGCAGGGCAGCUCUGCAAAUACAGACCCUGAGGGGGGGGGUUAGAA